AUGGAUGUCUUCGCCGUAGUCUCAGGUUACAUCUCCAAGAUGGUGACCACAGGAGAUACCGCCGCCACGAGCUCCUCGUCUAAGAUGAAGAUAUUGCUUCUUGAUAGUGAGACAUUACCCAUCGUGUCGACGGCCAUGACCCAGUCCGCCCUUCUUAAUCACGAAGUAUAUCUCAUCGACCGCCUCGAUAACCAGUCCCGCGAGCGCAUGAGACAUCUUAGAUGUCUGUGCUUUGUCCGCCCAUCCCCGGACUCUAUACAAUUCCUCAUCGAUGAGCUAAGGGCACCCAAAUACGGUGAAUAUUAUGUUUAUUUCAGCAACAUUGUUCGCAAGUCAUCACUCGAAAGGCUAGCAGAGGCAGACGACCAUGAGGUUGUGAAAUCCUUGCAGGAGCAUUUUGCAGAUUUCUUAGUGGUAAAUCCGGACCUCUGUCAUCUCAACGUAGGCUUCCCUAGACAGCGGAUCUGGAGCCACUCGCCCGACCUCUGGAACACAGACGCUCUACAGCGAACAACAGAAGGCGUGAUUGCGCUUCUCCUCUCCCUGAAGAAGAACCCGUUGAUUCGAUAUGAGAAAAAUAGCCUGAUGACAAAAAAACUUGCUACAGAGGUCAGGUACCAGCUCACUCAAGAGGAACAGCUAUUCAAUUUCAGAAAGCCUGAUACGCCCCCGAUAUUGCUAAUCCUUGACCGCCGUGAUGACCCUAUAACUCCCUUAUUGACCCAGUGGACAUACCAGGCAAUGGUACAUGAGAUACUGGGAAUCACCAAUGGCCGAGUUGACCUUAGUGAGGUCCCAGACAUUCGCCCAGAAUUAAGAGAAAUUGUCAUCGCUCAGGACCAAGAUCCGUUCUUUAAGAAAAAUAUGUAUCAAAAUUUUGGCGACCUUGGUGGUAAUAUUAAGGAAUAUGUUGAACAGUACCAGUCCAGGACUAAAACUAACAUGAACAUUGAAUCAAUCUCCGAUAUGAAGCGGUUUGUUGAGGAUUAUCCCGAAUUUCGAAAACUAUCUGGAAACGUUAGCAAGCAUGUGGCCCUGGUAGGGGAGCUUAGCAGAAACAUCGGGGAACAUGACUUGUUAAAUGUGAGCGAAUUGGAACAAAGCUUAGCUUGCAAUGAUAACCAUGCAAAUGACCUCAAGUCUCUUCAAAGAUUCAUACAAUCCCCUAACGUAACUGUGGAGAACAAGCUGCGUCUUGUUGCCCUAUAUGCCAUCCGCUACGAAAAGCAACCUUCAAACACGCUUCCAGUUCUCCUUGAUCUCCUCACGGCAGCUGGAAAUGUCCCUCCACAUAAAAUAAACAUCAUCCCAAAACUCCUAGCAUAUUACUAUUCCUUACAAGCACCUCCUGUCGCUGGCGGAUUCUCAGACCUAUUCGAGUCAGCCUCCUUUUUAACAGGGGCGCGUGAUCGAUUUAAGGGGCUUAAGGGUGUAGAAAAUGUCUACACCCAACAUUCGCCUCGGCUAGAGGCUACUCUUCAAAAUCUGAUAAAAGGCAGGCUAAAAGAACCCCAGUACCCUUUCUUAGAGGGGGGUGGGCAUACCCGUGACAAACCGCAGGACAUCAUCAUCUUUAUGGUCGGAGGAGUAACGUAUGAGGAAGCAAAGAUGGUUGCUCAGGUCAAUGCUAGCUCUCCUGGGAUUCGGGUCGUCUUAGGCGGGACAUGCAUUCACAAUAGCACUACCUUCUUGGAUGAAGUGGAAGAUGCCGUCGGGAACUGGCCUGAGCCUGCACCCACGACUGCAGCCGGACGGUUACGAUCAGAAAUAAACCGAUAA